AUGAAGCGACGUCGUGGCUCAGCCCUCGUCUUCGGCCUGAACGGAUUGAUCGUGCUUUUGACGGCCACGAGUCGGCUCGCUCACGCCAAGGAGAUCUACAAUAAUAAUGGCAAAGCAGCGUCGUUCAACUGCAGCAGCAGUACCACCACCACGAGUACGGAAUAUCCCAAGGCAGACGAUCUUUACGCGGACAAGUAUCCGUACGAGGCGCACUUGAAUCGAUUUCCCGACGAGAGCAGCGACAACGACGACGAACCGCUGCUGAAAAAAUCAUCCGGCCGAAAGUAUUUUUACGAGGACGAGCUGGAUGAAGAUAACAGAGGAAGAUCGAACGACAACGACAACGAUGACCCUGUACCGGUGGUCGACGUGAGUCUCCAAGUGUUGCCGCUGAACGAGUACCAGCGCGAUAAGAAUCGGCCUGACAAUUACUCGUACGAGGAGGAUCCUAGGUACGUCACGAAAAUCGGUAAUUUUGCCAAGGAUUAUAAGUCGGAUAAUCGCGACGAGCGGCGACGGUACGACGAUAAUGUCGACGAUGAUAAAAGAAGUUAUUACAACGAUCGCGAUGAGAAGUGGAAGGUUGAUACCAACGACGGCAACGACGAGCACGACGAUAUUCCAGUCGAUGGCGGCAAGUACAAGACCAAAGCCACGAUACCACCUACGACUCGGAGCGGCAAAAAUUAUCAGUACCACACGAACGAGAAGCCUCGUCCACUCGACGCAUCGUCGUCACCCUCGCCGUUUCCCGCCCUUAAUCGAGACGAGCAGCCACCCCGUCUGCUGGACGACUUGCUACCCGACGACGCUGGCUCGUCGUCGUCGCUGCUUCAUUAUCGGGAAAAUUUCGAGCGUCGUCUGGUCGAUCACCAUUAUCAGCAGCAACAGCAGCAGCAGCAGCGACGCUACAAUAACAAUUACGACAGGCCACCCAUCUACAGUACGGAGAAAAGUUCGAAAGCCAAUAAUAAUAAUAAUCCACGUCGUCCCAACGUCAACGGCGAGCCCAAGUACGAGCGGCGAAGUUACGAGGAUGGCGACGAUCUGCAUCCGGAGCGACGUCUGAGCGAGCCGAUCCUGUUAGUCGACAGCGGCGAGCAGAAUACGGUGAAGAGCCUCGACGAUCACGUCCAUCGGCAAUCGAUGAUAAUCGACGAGGACCAGCAGAUGACGGAGAGGAGAAAAAUCCCUGCGUCGUCGCCCGACAGGAGGAUUAGCGGCAGCAGCGACGAUAAUACCGAUAAUUGGGUUAAGAGUAGUAACACCGAGUCGGCGGAUCAAGACAAUGACAAAAGCAGCAACGAUAAAGGGGAGAAGAAGGACGGCCCGCAGCCCGACAGGCGUUACGACGACGUGCAGUUCUUUCAACCUUAUCCGCCGCUGCCGCUGCCGCCUCGUCGCGGCAAUAACGACUUAUACAACAAUAUGAUGUACAACAGAUCGUCGUACGGACGCAGCGACUGGGAGCUCGCGACGAUCGAUCGCAACAAUCUGCCUCGGCUGCACUUCCCGCGCAAGGCCGUGGACGAGCGCUACCGCAUGGCCUCGCUCCACCUCGAUCGGGGCCUCUUCGUCUUCGACUUUCUGCGAGGUUUUCUCCGGGUGAUACUGCCGCGCAGCGUCCCCCUGGAUCUGCUCAAGGACAGCAUCGACGGCCGUAUCGAGCUGCAGUCGCUGCUGGCCCAGUCGGUGCACUUCGAGCUGGUGUUCCUCUGCUGCGCCUGCUUCCUCGGCCUGAUGAUGCUCGUCGUGCCGAGCACCGAGUGCUGGCUCUGCUGCUGCGGUUCCGCUUCGCGAAGGAAAAAAAACCAUUACUCCUCGUCGGUCAGUCGCGCCGGUUCACCGAGUAGACGACGCACCGGCUCCUACUGCUGUCUGGCCACUUUCGCCAUUGUACUCGGGGCUUGCGGCCUGACGAUGCUCGUCUGCAACGAGCAGCUGGCCAACGGCCUGGAGCUGCUGCCCGAGACUCUCGAGGCCGGACUGCAGGAUCUCCGGGACUAUCAUCAGGGUGGCGCGGGACAGCUGCGCAAGUGCCUGACGCGCAGCCUGGACGUGGCCAGCGAGGCUAUUCUCGCCGAUCUCGACAACGUCGAGGAGCUACUUGGCAAGCCGGUGCAGGAGCAGCUCGCGGCCGAGACCGGCCUCGACGUGGCACUGGAAUCGCUGAUGGAUGUGGCGAAUUCGUCGCACGAGCUUUCGUACCAGACGGAGGCGCUGCUGCAGCGAGCUGAGCGAGCCCGCGAAUUCGGCGCCGAGCUGGGCCGCGAGGCCGACGAGCUGAGGCGCGAGCUCGAGCGAGCCACCCGCGACUGCUCGCACGAGGACAGAUCGCUGUGCGCCGUCAUCGAUCCGUCGGGACUGCAUCUGGCGCUCAGGCUCGACAGGGUGGCGAGGGACGACCGUCUGCUGCGGCUGAGAUCGACGGGCCGCGACAAUCUGACGGAGGCCGGACGACAGGCGCGCGGCGAGUAUCUCUACGUGCCGCAUCACGUCGCGCGCACCACCCUCGACGCACGAAAUCUGAUCAGACGCGAGGUGAACACGGCCAGGGCCAAGGUGUCGGACGACUCGCGCGGCAUCGAGGCGGGCGGCCACGACGUCUCCAAUCAGCUCGACAACGUGCGCCGACUCGCCGAUCGGCUGAUGCCCUACGUCAACAGCUUCGAGUACGUCAGAUGGUUCGUAGGUUUCGGUACGACGAUGUGCGUACUGCUGAUCUGGAUCAUUCUCCUGGGGGCGCUGUGCUGUCGAUGCAGCUCCGGCGAGCAUCGCGUGAAAACCAGCCUCUUGUGGUUCGUCUUCCUGAGCAUCUUCGUGUCGAUCGGCCUGUGGCUGGUGCUGAUCGGCGCCCUGACGAUAGCCGCCCACGCGGAGAUGCUGAUCUGUCGGCCGCUCGAGGACCCGCAGUACAGGACCCUCGAGGCCGUACUGGAGACCAGAGCGCUGCUCGGCCGUCGCGUCGGCGUGCCGCUCAAGGACCUAUUCGACCGGAAGUGUCAGGACAGCGACGCCGAGUAUCCGUCCUCGAGUAGCAGCAGCGACGGUUCGAACAGCAACAACUUCAAGCUCGACCAGGUGACGGCCCACUGGCAGUGGCAGGGCCUCAGUCGGGCCUUCGCCAAGCUCAAGGUCGAUCUCAGCCAGAUGCGCGUCGUGUCCCCCCAGCUGCGCGACCGACUGCAGAAUCUGCUCUACGCCUGCGGGGCCAAUCUCACCGAGCACCGGCUCAUGGUGCAGGGGCCCGUGCUCAACAAGGACCUCACCUCGCUCUCGGAGCAGCUGGAGAGCGUGGCGCGUCAGCUGGGCGAUCGGCGCCAGGCGCGAAAUCUCCAGACCCUGGCGGCGAGGAUGCGCGAUCUGCUGGCGAGGCGCGUCAAGCCGCUGAUGAAGAUGCAGGACGAGCUGGUGUAUCAGUUGGCGGCGUUGGACGUGCACCUGACGCCGCUCUCGAGGCAGGUCAACGAGUCGCUCGGCCAGCUGAGACACGUGCAGUACUAUCUCGACAAUCAGGGUGAAAAGAUCGCCCAGCUGAAAACGAAGAUGUACAUCGACCGCAUGAACAAUUAUCUGGAGCAGUGGCGUACGCACGUGCUGAACGAGGUGAGCGGCGGCGCGUCCAAGUGUCGACCUCUCUGGGACAUUCUGCAAGGCGUCAAGUAUCUGCUCUGCAGCCACAUACUCGGACCGCUGAACGGCUUCUGGUUCGCCACGCUGAUCUGCGCCACGACGAUGAUGUUCAGCACACCGACGGCGCACAAGCUCGCCUGCUCCUACUGCCAUCAUCAUUACGGCGGAGGCGGUGGCGGUGGCGGCGGUGGUCUAGGCAGCCGCAAAGGAUCGAUACUCUUGCCGAGAUCGAGGCAAGGCAGCCCGGAUACCGUGAUCAUGGAGCGCGAGACUUGGCGGACGCCCGAUCCCCCGCCUUCGAUGGACAGCUGGUGAAAUGCGAGACGAGCUUUGUUGUCACGAACGUCUUGUUGUAUACACGCACUCGACAUCAUAACAUAAACACGCGGAUCGUAUCACGAUCAGAGAGAGAGAAAGAGGUGUACCCAUGAAAUACGAAGCGAGGAGAGACAGAGCAUCCAAGAAGAUAAAGAAGAAUAAUGAAAGUAUACAUAUAAAUAUCGGUUAAUUCACUCAACGUAUGAUAGAUAUUCUAAUUAAUUUAGAGAUAAUAUUGAAAGCAUAAGAUCCAUUUGUAGAUCACACAAAUACAUACAUUAGCCACGAAAUCUUUCGAAUUGUUGCAGCCAAAAAGAUUAUGUUAUUUUAGGCGUCUAAUACCUGUAAUGACCUUUUUCUAUAUGCGUAUGUUAUCACGAUCAUUGCUAAACGCAGUUAUAACUAUUAUCAUUAUUAUUAUUGUUAUUAUUAUUAUUACGUAAUGAGGAGAGAUGUUGUUACUACUCGUUAUGCUCGAAUUUUUUUGUAUACGAUAUUUGAGUUUUAUUUACAUAAUAAAAAAGGAGAAAAAACAUUUUAGUUUACAAAAAAAGAAAAAGAAGAGAAAAAGCUCUCGGAAUUUCAGCUUAU